AUGAAUAGUCCAUCGUGCCGGCGGCUGACUUGGGCGCUCGCCCGGAGCCGGAUCGGCUGCCGGACUCAACCACUCUACUAUGUAUUUGGAAAGCCGACUACGACAAGCCUCCAGCAGCAGCAGGUCCGGGGCAAGAAAACUAGAUCAUCGAUGAAGCUAGAGGACCUCCCGCAAGGCCCCAUCAAACCACCGGGCAAAAAAGCUGCUGCUGCUGCUACUGCUGCUCGCGCGGCCCCCCUCCCGGAGCUGGAUGAGGGGCCUGCGUAUCCGACUGUGGUCCUGCAGGCGCGUAUGAAUAUGCAGCGGUUCGACGGGUGCGUGCUGCUCACGCGCGUCGGGGGGUUUUACGAGUUGUAUUUUGAGCAGGCGGAGGAGUAUGGGCCGCUGUUGAAUUUGAAGGUUGCGCAGAAGAAGACGAAUGCUGGGCCGGUGCCGAUGUCUGGCUUCCCGUUCUUCCAACUAGACCGGUUCCUGAAAACGCUGGUCCAGGACUUGAACUGCUACGUCGCCAUCGCGGAGGAGUUCCCCAACGACCCGGGCGACAAGAUCAAGUCGAACGGGCUGAUGCACGAUCGGAGGGUCACACGCGUUAUUACGCCCGGCACGUUGAUCGAUGAAAACUUCAUCGACCCCUAUGCUAAUAAUUAUGUCAUGGCGAUUCAUGCCGACCAUCAGAAGCAACAGGCUGAUAUUUCUGGACCUGGUAGUAAUAUCAAGGGUAUAGAUCUAGGACACUUAACACCGCUACAAGCCGGCGCUGCUGCUGCGCCGAUAGGAUUGGCCUGGAUAGACGUCUCUACGGGGCAGUUUUAUACACAGUCUACGACGGUUACUUCACUGGCGUCUAUCCUCUCGCGUGUUGGUCCGAGAGAGGUGGUCGUAGACCAGGUCCUCGAAUCGCAACGGGACCACAAGCUCUUCAGCGUACUAGCAGAGGACAAACACUUGGUCACCUUCUCGCCGCAUACCCAGUUUCUACCACUGUCGGAAUGGAGCCCGAUGCUAGAAUCCGACAUCUCGACACAAACAGCGCAGGACUUCAGUCCGGACGAAGUCCGCGCCGGGAGCUUACUCCUGCAGUACGUGCGGGACCGCCUGCAAGGCCUAAGCAUGAAGUUGCAGCCGCCGUUGCGCUACGACAACAUGUCCGUCAUGUCCAUCGACAAGAGCACCAUGCGCUCGCUCGAGAUCAAGCAGACGAUCCGAGACGGCACCUUUCGCGGGAGCCUGCUACACGCCGUCCGCAGAACUGUUACCAAAGGCGGCGCUCGGCUUCUAAACGCCUGGCUUAGCGCUCCGUCGACGUCUCUCGAGACUAUAAAGGCCCGCCAAGACCUCGUCGAGCACUUUAUUCAGCACUCGGAUCUGCGCGACGAGAUGGUCAUGCUGCUAAGGCGCAGCCACGACUCGCAGCGCUUGGUUCAGAAAUUUGCGGUUGGUCGUGGAGAUCCGGACGAUCUUAUUGCUCUCGGCAACACUAUACGGGCUACACAGGAUAUCGUCUCCCUCCUGGAAUCUUCGAAAGGGGCAUCCACUAAAAAGAGUUCACGGGCUAAGAGCAAAGGAGCUGCUGGUUGCUUCACGUCUCUCCUUUCGCGCAUCACACUCGAAGAGCCGGCCCACCUCGCCGACCGCAUCAAGACGUCCAUCGACGAGGAAGGACUAGUCCAGCAACAGAGAAACGAAGACAGCGAAACAAGCCAACUCCUGACUCUAGCCGAAGACGUCGUCGCCGCCGAGGGUACGACAGGAGACGCCUCCUCCCUACCCAAGGGGGCUAUGGCUAUGGCUAUGAAAAAGAGAAAGCAGAGCCCCUCGAUAAGAGACGCCUACUCGGAGGACAACGUAACCUUCGUCUGCAAGCCCGAAGCUAGUCCCGGCCUACGCGAGCUCCACGCCAGGCUAUCAUCCCUGCAGCACGAGAAAUCCGAGCUCGCCGAAGAACUGCGCGCCCGCUACGGCGCCGCCAGCCUAACCCUGCGCUGGACGCCUACCCUCGGACACGUCUGCCACGUCAAGGGCGCCAGGGACAUGCGGAAGAUCAUCGACAGCAAAGACAAAGACGGCGAGAGCGGGGAUAACACUAGUAAUAAUAACGCCACGGCGGCAAUAGUCGUCAGCUCGAGCCGCAGCACGCGGGCGUUCCACGCCCCCGAGUGGACGACGCUCGGGCGACGCAUCCACCAGACGCGCUACGAAGUCACCGUCGAAGAGCAGCGGCUGCUAGCCGAGCUGCGCGCCCUCGUAGUCGCCAACCUCGUUAAACUACGGCGCAACGCCUCCGCGCUCGACGAGCUCGACGUCGCCGCCUCCUUCGCCCGUCUAGCCGCCGAGCACGGCUGGACGCGCCCGGUACUCCACGACGUCGAUGCUGCUUCUCCUAGUAGCGAGCACAUCGUCCUCGGCGGUCGACAUCCCACCGUCGAAGCCGGUCUCCGCGAGCAAGGCCGCUCUUUUACCAAGAAUGACUGCUGUCUCGGCGGUAUACCCUCCCCCGACACUCCCGAUAACCCCCCUCAACAACAACAACACCAAACCCACGACCGCCACGGCCGCCUCCUCCUAAUAACCGGUCCCAACAUGGGCGGCAAAAGCACCUACCUCCGCCAAAACGCGCUAAUCUCCAUCCUCGCCCAAGCCGGUAGUUUCGUACCCGCCGUCCACGCCAGCCUCGGCAUCACCGACGCCGUAUUCUCGCGCGUCGGGUCCGCCGACGACCUAUCCGCCGACCAGAGCACUUUCAUGGUCGAGAUGCUCGAAACGGCCGCCAUACUCCGCCUAGCGACCCCUCGAUCCCUCGUCAUCAUGGACGAGGUGGGCCGGGGCACGACGCCCGAGGACGGCACGGCGGUGGCGUUUGCCGCGCUGUACCAUCUGGCUACGGUGAAUCGGAGCCGGGCCCUGUUCGCUACGCAUUUCCACGGGCUGGCGGAUCUGGCUGCCGAGCGGGGGAUGAUGGUUGCGCAGGGAGGCGCCGUGGAUACGUACUGUACUGAUGUUGAAGAGGAUGGAGCGGGAGGCUUCGUCUACGUGCAUAAGUUACGAAAGGGCGUUAACCGGAAAAGUCACGCGUUGAAGGUAGCGCGCUUGGCUAAUUUACCCGAAGCUGCUAUUGCCGUUGCGAGGGAGAUAUUGCAAAAUAGCGGGUGUGCCUAA